AUGACUCCGCAAUCUGCCUCACCUGUACCUUCCGCAGUCUCCUCUACCGCAACGUCCCUCAUUUCGUCAGACCCUCGCGAUGGAGACCCUCAGGUAACACGUGCUCUUGCGGGCAUGAAUCUGUCCGCCGUGAGUGGGGAUGCUCUCCCCAUGCCUCCGGCGUCCGGGAAGCCUGUUAGACCUACCAUGGCCACCCGUAUCUCUCGCAUGUUCUCCAGCACAGGGAAAACUACCCCCAAGGAGCAACCUGAACCUUCACGCGACUUCUCGGAUAGCAGCUCAGAUGGUGCAAAGCCUUCCGCUAACGGCAGUACCGCAAGGCCGUCCAGACCGUCAUCCAAGCCCUCUUCGAGAGCUCCCUCUCGACAGACAUCUAUUAAAGGUGACGAGAGGCCGGAAAAGCCCGAGAAGAAGAGCAAGACUGGUGGCAAGGACUCGAAAGAAGGGUCAAUUGUCCACAAGCGCUUCGAAAUGGAGCCGGAAAACAUGCAUUUACAUCACCUCAAGAGUGCCAGGCGGCAAGAGAAGCUGACUGAUCUCCUGCGAGACAUGCUCGGCGGCAGCAGCCGAAAGAAGGACGACCACGUGGAUGAUCAGCAGUUGUCUCUCAUGUCGACAUGGAUCGACCAGUUCAAGACCGAGCGCGAUAAGCUGGCCCUCGAUAAGAAGGGUGGCCCCAAUGCAACCGCCUCGCUGGUCGACAAAUAUGGAAAAUGCCAGGAGAUUGUUGGUCGCGGGGCCUUUGGCAUUGUCCGGAUCUCUCACAAGGUGGAUCCCAGGGAUUCCAAGAUGGAACAGCUGUAUGCGGUCAAGGAAUUCCGCCGCCGUCCCCAGGAAACCUCCAAGAAAUACCAGAAGCGCUUGACUUCAGAAUUCUGCAUCUCUUCUUCCCUUCGCCACCCGAACGUCAUCCACACCCUAGACCUGUUGCAAGAUGCAAAAGGCGACUACUGUGAGGUCAUGGAGUACUGUGCAGGCGGGGACCUGUACACACUUGUGCUGGCUGCUGGCAAGCUGGAAGUGGCCGAAGCCGAUUGUUUUUUCAAGCAACUCAUGCGGGGAGUGGAGUACAUGCACGAGAUGGGCGUUGCGCAUCGUGACCUCAAACCUGAAAACCUCCUCCUGACUACCCACGGAGCGCUUAAAAUUACAGACUUUGGCAACGGCGAGUGUUUCCGCAUGGCCUGGGAAAAGGAGGCGCACAUGACAGCGGGACUUUGCGGUUCCGCCCCUUACAUCGCUCCCGAGGAGUAUGUCGAAAAAGAGUUUGACCCUCGUGCUGUCGAUCUCUGGGCCACCGGCGUCAUCUACAUGGCCAUGCGAACGGGACGACACCUAUGGAGGGUGGCCCGUAAGGAGGAGGAUGAAUUUUACCAGCGCUAUUUGGAAGGUCGCAAACACGAAGAUGGCCACGCACCCAUCGAGACUUUGCAUAGGGCUCGUUGUCGCAACGUGAUCUAUUCCAUCCUUGAUCCCAAUCCUUGCCGUCGCAUCAAUGCCUCGCAGGUCCUCAAAUCCGAAUGGCUUCGGGAGAUCAAGCUGUGCAAGGCUGGUGAGGAAGGAUUUUGA